UUUUUCCUUUGCCGGAGUCGAGCGGGUGCUGCUAGCGGAGGCGCCAUAUUGGAAGGGACAAAACUCCGGCGACAGCGAGUGACACAAAUAAACCCCUGGACCCGUUCGUCCCCGCAGCAGUCAGGGCCGCGAUGUUGUACCUAGAAGACUAUUUGGAAAUGAUUGAGCAGCUUCCGAUGGACCUGCGGGACCGCUUCACGGAGAUGCGCGAGAUGGAUCUGCAAGUGCAGAAUGCAAUGGAUCAACUAGAACAAAGAGUCAGUGAAUUCUUUAUGAAUGCGAAGAAGAAUAAGCCUGAGUGGCGAGAAGAACAGAUGGCAUCCAUCAAAAAAGACUACUAUAAGGCAUUGGAAGAUGCAGAUGAGAAAGUACAGUUGGCAAACCAAAUUUAUGAUUUGGUAGAUCGCCACUUGAGAAAACUGGACCAGGAACUGGCUAAGUUUAAAAUGGAACUGGAAGCUGACAAUGCUGGAAUUACAGAAAUAUUAGAGAGGCGAUCUUUGGAAUUAGAUGCUCCUUCCCAGCCAGUGAACAAUCACCAUGCUCACUCACAUACUCCUGUGGAGAAAAGGAAGUAUAAUCCGACUUCUCACCAUACAGCAACAGAUCAUAUCCCUGAAAAGAAAUUCAAAUCCGAAGCUCUCCUGUCCACCCUUACGUCUGACGCUUCUAAGGAGAACACGCUGGGUUGUCGAAAUAAUAAUUCCACAGCUUCCUCCAACAAUGCUUACAAUGUGAAUUCGACCCAACCCCUGGCAUCCUACAACAUUGGCUCGCUGUCUUCAGGGACUGGCGCAGGGGCCAUCACCAUGGCUGCAGCUCAGGCAGUGCAGGCGACAGCACAGAUGAAAGAAGGAAGAAGAACAUCAAGUUUAAAAGCCAGUUAUGAAGCAUUUAAGAAUAAUGACUUUCAGCUGGGAAAAGAGUUUUCAAUGCCCAGAGAAACAGCUGGCUAUUCCUCCUCAUCGGCGCUCAUGACAACCUUAACACAGAAUGCCAGUUCCUCGGCAGCCGACUCGCGCAGUGGCAGAAAGAGCAAAAACAACACCAAAUCUUCAAGCCAGCAGUCCUCCUCCUCCUCCUCCUCCUCUUCCUCCUUAUCUUUGUGUUCAUCAUCCUCAACUGUAGUACAAGAAGUAUCCCAGCAAACAACAGUAGUGCCGGAAUCUGAUUCCAACAGUCAAGUUGAUUGGACUUAUGACCCAAAUGAACCCCGGUAUUGCAUCUGUAAUCAGGUAUCCUAUGGCGAGAUGGUGGGAUGUGAUAACCAGGAUUGUCCAAUAGAGUGGUUCCACUACGGGUGCGUUGGCUUGACAGAGGCACCAAAGGGGAAGUGGUACUGCCCGCAGUGCACCGCUGCCAUGAAGAGGAGGGGCAGUCGGCACAAGUAGAGGAGCUCCUCCAC